GUCCUGUCUGUUGUAGUAAACUUGGGUCAAAGCUUCUCCAGCUGAACAUCUUUCAUUUAGGGCGUGAGCAGAUACAUAUCCUUGUUAUUUGUUAAGCAUCUUUCAGUAGGUCACCUCUACUACCCGUUUGGUCUUUUCUAUUUUGCCUACCAACAAUUGACGGUCAAGAUAUAUUCAUCAGGUGGAUGUUAACGGUCGUGAUGAAGUCUACAAACUUUUCUUCUCUUUUUCCUACUAAGCAGUUGACCGUCAAGAUAUGAUCUAAAUAAUAUCAACGGUUGUAAUUCAAUACAAACUUUUCUUUUUUUCCUACUAAGCAAUUGACGGUCAAGAUAUGAUCUAAGUAAUAUCAACGGUCUUAAUUAAAAUUACAAAUCGGUUUUACAAAAAAAAUUGCAUUCACGGGCCCAUUAAUAACGGGGUAAUGGGCUCUAUGUUUGUUUUGUUUCUUCUGUCCAAAAAAAUUAGAAAACUGAAGCGGGAAAAUUCGAACGUACUGAUAGUGGCUCAAGGCGUCGCCUAGGUCAAGCCACGGCGGCGAUGUACAAUCUUCAAUCGGAAGAAAGAGUGUAAGGGGCGGUUAAAGAAUGUCCGUUGAUGGUGUUGCCAAAUGAAUGGCGGAGGAGGAUACGAGAGCACUAAGGAUGGUAAUAGUCUUUUUUCGUGCUCCUAGGGUUUGUCCGGUGACCGGAGAGAAGUCAAAGCCGAUUCGAUGAUUCCGCCCGACGAAGAAGACCUUAACGGCGCCGUUUUGGUUUAACUCCGACAUGAUAAUCUUCCGUGCAUUUGAUUAUCCGAUGCAAAGCUACGGAGAGAGGUAAGGACGGCCGUGGAUAAACACUCGUCCGUUUUCUAUUUCUUUUUUCUAGAUUAAACUACGUGUUGUUUUUCGCAUCGUAGAACGGGAGGCAGUGUAGAGCAAAUUGGGGCCUUGAGGCUGCAGAGCUUGAUAGCGACAGUGUGGGGUCCAGCUACGGUUAACCGAAUUCCAUUUCCUCUAGCGUCACAUGCGGUCAUUUACAUGCUUCAUACGUGUCAAAACAUGAGAGGGUAAUAGUGAUACUUUCCUCACAGCGCCGUAUCGUUAGCAAAAUGCUCCGUGCAUGCUCCCUCUCCCUCCUGAUCACUGUGAGCUUUUUCUCUUCUUAUACUCUCAUGGCGGAUUCAUAAAUAUAUACAUACAGCUUUACAAAUUAUAAACGCAGAUUCUUUUUUUUUUUUUGAACGACUCGAUUCUCUUUUGUUUUCUGGGUUGGAGUAUUCUCGUGAGGUGAAGAAGGAUGUUUUACUCUCAUCAGCUUCUAGCUCGAAAAGCUCCGUUAGGUCAGAUAUGGAUGGCUGCUACGUUGCACGCGAAGAUCAAUCGGAAGAAGCUGAACAAGCUCGACAUCAUCCAAAUCUGCGAAGAGAUUCUCAACCCGUCGGUUCCAAUGGCUCUCAGACUCUCUGGGAUUUUGAUGGGUAUUAACAACAAUCUACGCUCAUCGGACUUUUUGUUUUUUUUUUUGUUUGUUUCUGUUAUUCGUAUUCUGGGUUUGAUGAGUCUCAGUGUCUUCGUUUCGUUAGGUGGGGUUGUCAUCGUUUACGAGAGGAAAGUAAAGCUCCUAUUCGAUGACGUCACUCGCCUUCUGGUAGAAAUUAAUGGAGCUUGGCGCACAAAAGCUGCUCCGGAUCCUACUUUACUACCUAAAGGACGAACCCAUGCCAGGAAAGAGGCUGUUACGUUACCUGACAAGGACGAAGCUGAUUUUGGGGAUUUCGAACAGACUCGUAGUCAGUUACCCAAAUUCCCCAAUUUCAUGGAUUUUCAGCAGUCUUAUAUCUCCAUGCGGUUAGAUGAACCCAAUGUCAACGAUAUCCCCGAGCAAGAGGAUCUCCAUCAAGCUGCUGCCGAGAAUAUCACACUCUUCGAGUAUCAUGCUUCAUACCAGACUAAUACUGAGACGUAUGAUCGCUUUGAAAGAUUUGACAUCGAAGGAGAUGAUGAAACUCAGUUGAACUUCAAUCCAAGAGAAGGCUCGCAAAUACCUCCAACUCUGAUCCCAUCACCACCUCGUCAUCAUGAUUUUCCUGAAGGAGGCAAUCCCACAAGCCCUCAGCGCCAGGAGCAACAAGAGAACGGUAGGGAUGCAUUUGCUGAGCAGACGGCGGAACAAAACAUACCGGACAGAGAGGACCAAGAUGUACCACGGCCAACAAAAAGAAGAGCAAGAAGGACAGCUACUUCAGCCAUGGAUUGUGAGCAGACUAUUAUCGCUGGUAAUCAAUACCAGUCAUGGCUCCAGGAUACAUCUCACAUUCUCUUGAGGGGAAAAAAGAGAAAGGCUCGAGGACCCGCUAGCCCAAGUAUUGAGGUUACAAAACGUAUGAAGCUGCCAGUUACACAACUCUUUGAAGAGCAUGUGGACGGUUCUUACCCACCUCAGCUCAUGGAGCUUUGGUCAAAAUGCACUCAGCCUCUUCAAACCUCUACAUCUGAAACUGGACGCCCUGAUCUCUCGGCGGAGCAUUCUCCAGGGUUUGGCCAGGAGAGAAUGCAAGACCACCAUCAAACAGACCAUCAUCAGGGCACUGAGACAAGCUUCCAAAAUCUUGGCAGUCCCGCAGAAAGACUUCGGAACGUUCUUGCUGAGAAAGAUGGUUCUAUAGAAGGCCUGAUGGCUCGAUCUCGAGCAAGCGCUGAGAAUAAUAACCAGGCUGCUGCUGAUAUUAGCGUUACACCUCUCUAUUCUGGAGAUGAUGUGAGAUCCAUGCCUAGCACACCAUCAGCACGUGGGGCAGCUUCCAUUAACAUAGAGAUCAACUCUAACAGUCGCAGGCUCAACAGAAAAAGGCAACAUUCGUCACCAAGAAGAGGACUCGAACCAGUAGCGGAAGACAGAACGUGGGAGCACCGUGCUUAUGACUUUGAGUUUUCAAUGAUACCUGAAAAGGGAUUCACAGCUGAUAACGAAGUACUAGCUGAGACUGGACCUACACAAACUCAAAAGCCAGUGACCACUCACACAGACGAGAAGAUAACUGAUAGCAUCAAAAGUCACCUCAAGACGCACUUUGAAACACCUGGAGCUCCUCAAGUGGAAUCUCUUAACAAGCUCGCUAUUGGAAUGAAAAGAAACGCUGCAGCUCAACUCUUCUACCAAUCCUGUGUGCUAGCCACUCGCGGAGUCAUAAAGGUGGAGCAAACACAGCCUUAUGGGGACAUUCUCAUUGCACGAGGACCCAAUAUGUAAAGGCUUUGAUGCUUUGAGAUAAAAAGGUUAUUUUCUUUUCAUAUUUAAGCAAAGAGAGAGGAGUCCCAUAGACUUUAGAAAUUAUAACGGCUUAAUACUUUUCAUGAGACUUAAUCUAAUUAAUUUUAUAAGAUCUUUUCCCCUGGUUACUUCAUUUUUCUUUCCCGGUUUAUA